GGAAAGGGAUGACAACCAAUGGGAUCACUUCAGCUGCCUGACGUCCACCAUCAAAACACAGAUGAUCGGUGCAGGACGGCGGCGUUAUUGUUGAAUGUUGCAGUACAUAACACUGGACUUUUCUAACGUUUAAGCUAUAGCAACAACGUAUAUGGAUUGUUUGUUCAGUCACUCCAUGUUACUUGUAUCAAGGGAUUAGUCGUUCCGAAGAACCGAGUUCCCUGUCUUAAGCAUUGACAAACAUGGAUUUCAAUGUCAGAAGAUUGGCAGCAGACGCUGGUACUUUACUUAGCCGUGCAGUUCAGUACACAGAGGAGGUUCUUGGACAGGCUGAAAGAACUGAACUGGAUUCCCAUUUGGAGAACCUUCUUGACAGGGCAGAGGCGACCCAGCAAUGUACAGAGAAAAUAAUGAAACAAACCGAAGUUUUAUUACAACCUAAUCCAAAUGUUAGAAUGGAGGAGUUCCUGUACGAGAAACUGGAGAAAAUGGCUCCUGUAAGGCCAAACAACCUCGAGCUGCUUGGAGAAUGUAUGAUUGACGCUGGACAUGAGUUAGGCCCUGGGAGAGCAUAUGGAAACGCUUUAAUCAAGUGUGGUGAGGCUGAGAAGCAGCUAGGGAGUGCUGAGAGGGAAUUUGUCCAGUCAUCGGCCAUCAACUUCAUCGCACCUCUGAGAAACUUCAUCGAAGGGGACUAUAAAACUAUUGUGGCGGAGCGCAAGAUUCUGCAGAAUAUGCGUUUGGAUUUGGAUGCUGCUAAAACACGUCUCAAGAAGGCCAAAGAGGCUGAUGCCCGGUCUGCAGAGUUUAACUCUACCCCUCCACUGGGAGAGGAGUAUGUGACUCACUUUUCUUACAUGCUUGGCUUCUUGCAUGUGAGAUGGCUGAAGAUGUGGACUGAAGAGGUGUCAAAGGCGGAGACAGAGCUGAGAAUAUCACAGAGUGAAUUUGAUCGACAGGCUGAGAUCACCCGGCUGCUCCUGGAGGGUCACAAUAGCACUCAUGAGACACAGCACCUUCGCUGUUUGACUGACUUAGUGGACACUCAGACGACCUACUAUGCACAGUGUCAUCAGUAUAUGGUCAACAUGGAGAAGCAAUUGGGAAGUUUUUCAUCUGUGUACUGCGCCAACAACAAUCAACUCUCACUGGCUGGUGCAUCAGAUGGUAUCUCUCGGCCCUCAACCUCCACAGCAUCAGGGGCCACUGAUGGUAUCUCUCGGCCCUCCACAGCACCAGGGGCCACUGAUGGUAUCUCUCGUCCCUCCACAGCAUCAGGGGCCACUGAUGGUAUCUCUCGGCCCUCAACCUCCACAGAACCAGGGGCCACUGAUGGUAUCUCUCGGCCCUCAACAGCAUCAGGGGCCACUGAUGGUAUCUCUCGGCCCUCAACAGCACCAGGGGCCACUGAUGGUAUCUCUCGGCCCUCAAGCUCCACAGCACCAGGGGCCACUGAUGGUAUCUCUCGGCCCUCAACCUCCACAGAACCAGGGGCCACUGUCCUACCGCUUCAUACUGCAGGCCAGUCCUCCCCUUCUGUCAAUGAGCUGCACUUGUCCAAUGGCACACGCAAGGCCCGUGUGCUCUACGACUACAGUGCUACAUGCAACUCUGAGCUCUCUCUGCUGGCGGAUGAGGUGAUAACUGUGACCAGUGUGCCCGGCAUGGAUUCUGACUGGUUAAUGGGAGAGCGAGGUGACAAGAAAGGCAAAGUACCAAUCACCUACCUCCAGCUGCAGAGCUGAAGCACUGUCCUGGUCCCCUAAAGGAAUUGGAACUUGCAUUCCAUCCUGUGAUGUUAGGAAAAGUAUGCAUUUGAU